CAGUCUUGCUCCUCCGUUCGGCGCACUUUACCACAACUGUUACAGUCACAAGAGUCGGGACAAGGAUGUCAGAACCUACGGUCUGGACGAAACUCAAAAUGGGUGCGAUGAUGGGCGGAGGUGUCGGUCUUACCAUUGGGUUCCUGUUCGGCGGUUGGAGCAUUUUGCAACAUGGCGCUGGACCCCGUGGCGUUCUUUCCACACUUUCCAAAACGAUGCUGAGCAGCGCAGCAACAUUUUCCUUCUUCCUCGCUAUUGGAUCCGUCAUCCGGAGCGAUUCCGAACUCGCGAACGAGGCGCAGUUGCGAAUGCUCGUUCCCACACCAGCAAUCCGAGCAAGGUCGGAGGGUUUCCAGCUGAUGCGGGCGCGGUGGGAGGCUGAGCGACGGCGCGAAUCGCCAUCUCGCUUUUGAUUGAUACCUGCAAUGG